CAAUCAUUAAAAACAUCGAUUUCCUCGCCAUUUUGAAAACAUCCCGCAUUGUUAACUUCAUCUUCAUAAAUCCUAACAGAACCAGCAACCUUUCUCAACCAGCAUUCAUGGCGUUCUCUGCGAUUCCUCUCUUCUUCUUUUCUCUUUUCCUCCUCAAUCCCCUCUUCACCCUCGCCAAUAUCCACAAAACCAACAAUCUACUUAAAUCAACCGUUCUGAGUCAACUCACCACAACACCACCCCACAACAACACCCCACCGAAGUUCUUCUUUGAAGUCACCAAACCCAUCAAACUACCCAAAACCAAACCAUGCUCUCACCGUGUCCUCCGCCACGACUUCGCAUUCACUUAUGGUAGAUCCCCUGUUCUUGCCAAUUAUACCCCUCCUUCUCACUGCCCCUCUCAGAGUUUCUCCAAGAUUGUCCUUGAAUGGAAAGCUACUUGCAGAGGCAGACAAUUUGAUCGCAUUUUCGGAGUUUGGUUGGGCGGUGUAGAGCUUCUUAGGAGCUGCACAGCUGAGCCUACCGCCACUGGAAUUCUAUGGCGUGUUAAAAAAGAUGUGACUAGGUACUCUUCUUUGCUUACUAAGAAUGAUACACAGACUCUUGCGGUUUACCUUGGUAAUCUGAUUGAUAAGACUUAUACUGGCGUUUAUCAUGUAGAUAUAACUUUUCAUUUUUACCCUGCUGAAGAGGAUUUGAGUUACGGCCAUGAUUUGGGUAAUUCGAUUCCUGCGUACGGUUCUAAUGCUGAUUUGAUCUUACCCAUUUCGAGGAAUCUGCCAUUGAAUGAUGGGUUGUGGUUUGAAGUUGAGAAUUCUACUGAUACUGAAUCCAAGGAAUUUAAGAUUCCGAGAAACGUUUAUAGGGCUGUGCUUGAGGUUUAUGUUUCUUUUCACGAGAAUGACGAGUUUUGGUACGGGAACUUUCCUAGUGAAUACAUUGAUGCUAAUAAUCUAAGUGGUGUUGGGGGGAAUGGGCCUUUUAGGGAGGUUGUGGUUAGUCUUGAUAAGCAAGUGGUUGGUGCAAUUUGGCCCUUUACUGUUGUUUAUACUGGAGGGAUUAAUCCUCUCUUGUGGAGACCUAUCAGUGCCAUUGGUUCAUUUGAUUUACCCACUUAUGAUAUUGAAAUUACUCCGUUUUUAGGGAAUUUGUUGGAUGGAGAAACCCAUAAAUUAGAGUUUAGUGUUACUAAUGCUUUGAAUGUGUGGUAUAUAGAUGCUAAUUUGCAUCUUUGGUUGGAUGGUACGAGCACAAAUGUGAAAGGGAAGCUUCUGAAACACAGUAGUUUGCCUCUUCUGUUCUCUUCGAUGAAUAAUUUCAAGGGCUUGAAUGGAAAAUUCUUGACAAAUGUAAGCAGAUCAGUAUCAUCAAUUGGCUGGGUCAAGUCCUCUUAUGGGAAGGUUACAACUUCUUUCACCCAAAACUUCAGUUACAGCAACUCAAUGAUACUGGGUAAGGAUGGGAAUUUGCAGAUUGUGAAUCAGUUUAUCCAUUUUGAUGACAGUGUUUAUGCGAAGCGGUUGUCCUCAUAUGCUCUCUUUAAGAAAUCACUCAAAACCUUUCCCUUUUACUUAUACUCUGACUACUCAGAUUCGGGAAAUGAAACUUCUCUUUCUGUUGCAAAUGUCACUAUCGGAUUUUAUGAGAAGAAGUCUCAGAGUGCUGGUUUUGGAUUGUCAAUGAGCAUUCUAAAAAAUAAGCAGGAUGGGCAGGGUCUCAUGGUUGUAAAGGACAACUUGGUAAUAAGGGGACUGGGAAGUACACAACAAGUAUACAAAUAUGAUGGUAGUGACUUCUGCUACUUUAGGAACAUUAGCAGCUCAAACUACACCAUUCUUUAUGAUGAAGAAAGAAGUACUUGUGAUAAAAGCACGAAGUCUUAUUUUGGAUUUGGCUUAAACAAAUGGCAUGUUCCAUCUCGUAGAGCUUUUCUAGCAUCUAAUCUACAUGAUGAUCAGAAAGGAGUUUAGUAAUUCAAGUUAAUUGGCCCUUCGGUUACUUCAUGAAAGGAGCUUUCCAGGUUAGAUUUUCCAUGGAAUUGUUGCAAGUGAAAACACCCAAUAAAUUAUAAGCUAGUUUUCUUUCGUGUGGAAAGCCUCUGGUCUUGUAGAUAUGUUUAUAUCUUUUUAUGAUGACUCAUUAUUAUUUUUUUCAACU